UGAGCCUCAGAUGAGAAGUUGCUUGGCAUCUUUGAAAAAGAUGAAGGACAAACCUGGUCCAUACCUCUCCCGCGUGGAUCAACUUGGAGAGCAGUAUAACCUGGAGAAAAGUGAUAGCAGGAGAACAGAUGUCUCAAGGUCAAAGACUCUGUUCUUGGAUAAACUGAUAGAGAACCUGGAGGAGAGAAUGAAGGUCACCCCCAUCCUGACAAGCCUAUCUGCACUGGAUCUGAGGAAGGCUGGAGACUCUUCAUUCCUGACAUUCCAUGGUGAUGCUGAGAUUACAGAACUGGCUGAGCACUUUGACCUGGAUGUUGAUAAAACACAGCUUGAGUGGAGUCAGGUCAAGGAACUCUUUGCUGAGGAAGUUGACACAUGUUCACCAUCCACCAUCUUGAAGACUCUGACAAGCCUCAAGCCCCAACUGGGAGACCUCUACCCAAACAUUGUGAAGCUCCUGAGUAUCCAUGCUACAGUGAUCCUUUCGACAUCAGAGGUUGAGAGAGUCUUCUCCAGGGUAAAACUCAUUGUGACAGACCAUAGGAACAGGCUGAAAGUGAAUAACUGCACCAAGCAACUUAUGGUCAGCAUGAAUGCUAAGUCAUCUACUGACAUUGACUUGAGGACGUGUGUGGCCAAGUUCUUGGCACGAAAGAAGAGAAGAAUAUGAACAAAUAAUUUAUGAACUUGCAUCAACUGAUGUCAGCCACAGUAAAUUACUGAACCCUUAA